AUGACACGCAAGGGGGUCUCUCACCUGAACAAUGCUGUAAAACACUUUCAGUUGAUUCUGGCCUGCUGUCCGGUCGGCCAUCCUGACCACGCAGCAGCUCUCACCAACCUUGCGUGGGCCCGCCUUGAAGGUUAUAUUCGACAGCACCACCAACACAUCAACAACGUUUCUUCCCUCUUCCGCGAAGCCCUUGCAUUGCGUCCGCAGGGCCACCCCGAUCACGCAUUAUCUCUCUAUUCGUCUAAUGAAGGCAUCCACCUUCGACGAAACGUGCUCGAACUCUGUCCUCCGGGCCAUCAAUACCGUCCCGGCGCCCUCGACAACCUUGCACGUGCCGUUUGGGUACGCUUUGACCAGCAUGGCAGCAUUGAUGAUCUAGAAGAGAGCAUACAACUUCGUCGUGAAGCUGUCUCUCUGUGCCCUGAGGAACAUUCCAGCCGUGGUACUUACCUGAACAACUUGGCAUUCUCACUCAAGUCCCGCUUUGAUCACCAAGACAAAUUUCAUGACCUCGAUGAGGCCAUCACUUUGUACGAAGAAGCACUGCGCCUGUGCCCUGUUGGGCCCGAAUCUCGUGAUCUCUCAUUGAGCAACCUAGGGGGCGCCCUUCUCAUCCGUUUCAACAAACGCGGUGACAUUGAUGACAUCACCCGAGCUAUCAGCCUCCAUCGCGAGGCAUUGAUGUUGCGCCCAUCUGGGAAUUCAAGUCGUUACACCACGCUCAACAACCUUGCCGUCACGCUUAAAACCAGAUUUGAAAAUUCACAUGUCAGCGAGGAAUCUGCCGAGGAUCUUAACGAAGCCAUUGAUCUGUAUCGUGAAUCCCUUCGGCUACAGGGGCAUGAUCAUCCCGACCUCCAUAAAACUCUUUUCAAUUUGAGCUCGGCGCUCUGCACUCGUUUCACGCGAACUCGGAGGAAUGAAGAUGUCAAGGAGGCGAUUGAUCUCUGUGAAGAAUCAUUGUUGGCAUUGCCUUCAUUGCACCCGUAUAGAUACUUCAGCUAUAUGCGGCUGCAGGAGGCCUAUUUGUCUUGUUACCGAGUGCACAACAACCCUGUCGACUUACUGGCGUCAGGACACCCUACUUAUGGCUUCCCACAUCGCAUUGUGACAGCCCGGAACUGGGUCACCGCAGCAGAGGAGCACAGUCAUACAUCUGCGCUGGAGGCCUACAACACAUGUUUUGACCUUCUUGACAGUCAUCUAGCAACACGAUCAUCGACAAUUUCACGGCGCGAAGCUGCCGCUGCCUUCCGUAACACCAGAUCGCUGCCUGUUGAUGCAGCAUCGUGUGCCAUCUGCCUUGACAAUUUACGACGCGCAAUCGAACUCGUGGAGCGGGGUCGUGGCCAACAGUGGUCAUUGACCUCUCGCCUGAGGAGUCCACUCGAAGACCUCGAGUCCACAAAUCCAAUCUUAGCUCACAAGUUCUCGGAGCUGAGCAAGCGUCUGUCUGACGCUCAAGGUUCCGCAGCAAGCACAGACCGAGCUGCAGCGGAUCGUGCAGCUAUCAAGUACAGGAAACUGACGAAGCAGUGGGACGCUGCGGUAGCUCAAAUCCGUGAUCUUCCAGCUUUCUCGCGAUUCCUGCUCCCGCCAUCGUAUGCAGAAUUGCAAGUGGCAGCGUGCCAUGGCCCAGUCAUCAUCCUCAUCGCGAGCGAAUGCUCAUGCAGUGCCAUCAUUGUCCCGACGUCAGGGGAACCCCGCCACGUUCCCUUCCCACGCAUCACUCUCGCAGAUCUGGAGCAGCUCAAGGACGAUUUUGCUAUGGCAAUCCGGCACACGGUUUGUAUGCACCCAAGGGAGCCGAGGGAGAAGUUGCGAAGACGCUUGCGAGUACUAUGGGACGAUAUCAUGCUGCCCAUUGUAAAUGUCCUCCAGGAUGACCUGAAAUUGCAGCGUCAGUCUCGAAUAUGGCUUUGUCCGACGGCAGCCUUCACGUCCAUUCCUCUCCAUGCAGCUAACCCCUUUCGGUCCAAGGCAGACCGCUCAGGGCCAGAGGAAUGCCUGGAGGAUAUAUUCGUUUGUUCUUACACGCCAACGCUUUCGGCUCUGAUCAGGUCUCGACAGAAGAUGGAGACUUGCGUCACUCAGACCUUCACAGCGAUCGGACAAGGUGAACCUGGCGCAGGGCAAGGCGAGGUGCUCCCUGCUGUCAACAGCGAACUUAAGCUUGUCCAAAAACUCAUUCCUCCCAACGUCAAGUUCACUAAUCUUUCGAAAGACGACGCCACUCAAGCAAGUGCACUCGAUGCUUUGCGACAUAACACCUGGGUGCACCUCGCUUGUCACGGGAAGCAAGACCUUGAGCAGCCUUAUAAUUCAAGUUUCGCCAUGAGAGACACACCCCUUACGCUACUCGACAUCAUGGAGAACAAUUCUCCGCAAGCCGAAUUCGCGUUCUUGUCGGCGUGUCAUACCGCCGUCGGCGAUGAGGAGACGCCUGACGAAGCCGUCCACCUCGCAGCUGGACUCCAGUUUUCUGGUUUCAAGAGCGUUGUAGGCACGCUGUGGGGGGUCAAUGAUGCUCUUGCAAAACACUUUGUGAAAGCUUUCUACGAGAAGAUGUUCGAGGAUUUGGAGGAUGGUGUCAUGGACUGCACGAAGGCGGCGCAUGCAGUCAACUAUGCUAGAGACUCCGUGAAGACGAAGGUGCCGCUCGAGCAGAGAAUCGUCUUUGUUCACAUCGGUGUGUAG